UGCUAAACGACAGAGCCUUCACGUACCAUGCUCCCAUUACCAUGAGGCGAGGAUCACCCUUGGCAGCUGGGGUCCGUCAUUAUGCUUCGUUAGGAAUCCAGAGCGGACUAGUCGACUAUUGGAUCAAUCAUUACUCUCCGAAGAUAAGUCCUCCUAAGACUCGACGUAAAACUCCGUCCGUUCUCACGGUUGAACACUACCGAGGGCUUGCGUAUCUUCACGCUGCUGGGCUGAUUUUCAGUAGUUUCGUUUUUCUCGGAGAAAUCAUUCACAAGAAACAUUUUUCGGAUUCGGUAUCUGGGUAAUAUGUAGCUCAGAGAAGCCCAUUGCCCUCUCGAAUCCAAAAUUCAAUCCCAUCCAGAUUUGUAGAGUGCACAGAUAAUAUCUCAUUGCAAUCCGCUUUAUGCUUCGUGCACGACGACCUUAUUUAUGCAGGCGUGCAUUCAUUCAUUCAUAGAAAAUGCCAGGUUCAUCAGUGAUUUUGAAAAUGUAUUAUACCGACGUAUACAUGACACAGGCGUCGCGAGACACGCGAUUUUUUAAUUCGAUAAUGCCUGCACUCCUGGGAAUUAACGUUAUCGGAGUAAUAUAAGUACACGUGCACAGAGGACGAUCCUACUUUCGAGAUAGUCGCAAUCACCAGUAUGAAUAUUAACAUAUGUUUUAACGUGUGCGCUUAAAAAUUCCCGUAUAGGUAAGUUUACAUAAAUGUAACAACGAUACAAGAGGACUUCUAUCUAGCCGAAAAGCACACAUACAUGUAGUAACUACACCCAGUUAUUUCCCAGCUACAUACCGUGGGAUACAUCAAUUAGAAAUUGGAUAACAACGAGAUUGGCUCUAACGAUAUGUUGAUAACUGACAUUGAUCACGUCUCGAGGGACGGUUAAUGUUAAAAAAAAAGUCAAUAUCCUUACCGUCCCUCGUUCUCGUCCACAUUUCAGUCACCGCAGAGUCAGAAGUGAAUGACGUAUUCUUUGUUUCACGAAUUCACAACGCGACAGACAUGCAGUCGCUGGUGUGUUGCGCUUUCUUAGUUUUAAUCGCGAUCGAAUCAUCGACGGCACAUCUGAAAAAACUCAUGGAGCACCGCAACCAUCGUUCUCUCGAAUUCUUGGACUCCCUGCUCGACGCCUCGACCUGGGCGUCUCAUGAUUUUUUGAUGUUGCUUGACGAGAAAAUGGCAGAUUUGGACGAUGAAUUUUUUAAACACCACACAAAGUUUACCUGGACGAUAAUUGCUGGGGAACAUAACAGCGUGACGAAUUUUUCGAAUAUCAUUCUAUUCGCUAAAAACUUCGCUACCUUGAAUGAAACUUUGAACGUCAUCGACAUCCUGUCAAUGGACGGUAGAUCGAAGCUCGUUAUAAUCCUGAGGGAAAACUUCGCUGAUUUGAACGACGUGCGAAAAGCUUCGAACGGGUCUUCCGUAAUAAUGUGGAAGUUGGACAAAACAGAUGUGAUUUAUGUGGUCCCUUGCAAACAAGACGUCCUUAUAAUGACCUACUUCCCGUUCGCGAAAAACUGUCAACCGGGCGACCUGGAAAUCCUGGAUGUCUGGAAGAAUAGAAACUUCGAAAAAGGAGCUAAAUUAUUCCCGAAGAAAAUGCUAGAUGGUCAAGGUUGCGUUCAGUAUCACACCGUCGUAACUGAGGCAGUUCUAAGGCUGGAAGCUAGAAAAGAAGUCAAGGAGAACGGGGAAAUGGUCCUCGGAGGUGUCGCUGGUCAUCUACUGGCGAUUGUCUCCGAAAAAAUGAACAUGCCUCUCAAAUUGCUACCAGAAGAUGCGGCGACUUGGGGAGAAUUAUUGGAGAAAGUUCAACGCAGCGAGGCGAUACUCACAGUUUCAGGAAUCAUUCCAUCGGCUGCACGGUUAAAAAAUUUCGACUUGACAUCCACGUAUAUGCAGGAUGCCUUCGGUUUCGCUUACAGGAUCCAGGGCUUUGACAUACCUUGGAAAAACCUGGCGUCGCCGUUGUCUCAAAAAGUUUGGACGUACGUCGGAUAUUCUUUGCUUCUAUUUUGCGGUCUGAUUAUUCUGGCCAGAAGAUACGGCUGGUCAAACGCGAAGAUCGAUCGAUUGCGGGUCCUCGACGCCGUCGGCAUGUUACUCGGCAUGUCUAGAACAAUGCCGAAAAAUAAUAUCGGAAGAUAUUUGUGCGGGAUGUGGAUCAUCUACUCGAUUUUAAUCGAUACUACGUACACCAGCGGUUUGGUCAGUUUCUUGACCACUCCGAACGAAAAUCACAUUAUCCGGACACUCGAGGAGUUGAGCGAGGACGGUAUGCAGUUUGGUGAUAACGAUUUCCAUCGAUCCUUUUACUACGACCCGUCGGAUUCCGUUAUGAUGAAAAUUUACGACAACUACAAAUUUUGGACCGUCGAUGAAACGAACUGUAUUCUGUACAACGGAAAAGGUGCUGCCGGGAUUCUGUAUUCAACCCUCGUUCUACAUAAUGCAAAAUACGCUGGAGAGGCCGGGAAACAACUUCGAAUGUUGAAUGAUAACGCACUGACUUUCCAAGCGGCUAUAGCCCUGAGACGAGGCUCGCCGUUCGUAGUCGGAGUACAUCAUUACGUUUUUUUAGCCGUGCAGAGUGGCUUUCACGAUUACUGGUUAAAUUAUUACCUCCGAAAACCGAUUCCGACGAGAUUGAUCAAGAAAACUCCAUCCGCGAUGACGUUACGACAUCUCCGAGGAAUUUUCUGCCUCAAUGUCAUCGGGAAUUUGUUAGCCUCCGUUGUAUUUAUCGGGGAACUUGUUAUCCAUAAAAUGUUAUGAAAA